AUGAGGCCUGUGAUCCUGUUGCAGGCGCAAUUGCGCACCGCGCUUCCCCGGAGCGUGCGGAGAGACCUCAACAACAGGUUGUUUACUCGAUUGAAGACUACCCAAAGCCCUAUGCAGCAAUCGAAGAGCGAAGUCCCCUUUAUCAAGCGGAAAGAGCAUGUUGCGCCUCGGAAUCCACAGCCCUCCGCCACCGCGCAUGCGAAAGCGACGUUCCGAAGAGGGCCACCGGAAAAGAUCCUCAUCUACCAUGCCGGGACAGGCAGGACGGUCAUAUUGGGAGCAUUGAAGAUCACCACGGUCUUCCUCGUCGGGGCGUCUUGCCUGAUUCUUGCCCCUGCUUUCGCAAUCGACGAAUAUCCCUGGUAUUGGGCUCCAGCUAUCUCCGCGGCUAGCACGAUCCCCAUGAUAUUUGUGAUGUACACGUCUGCUCCGUUCGUCAACUUCAUUCAUAUCGCGCUACCGGUCUUCGCCCGCCGCUCGCGCGAAACAGCCCUCGAGUACGCCAAGAACCUGCCGCCCACGGCCACCCUAUAUAUAAACACUAUGAAGGUGACGACGGUUCCCAAGCUCACAGAAGUGCGGCUGGGUGAUCUGGUCGCAAGCAAAUCUCUUUUGCGGCCCGUCAGCUUUGCCAACAAAAACCCGGUUCCUCGUCCAUGGUGGAAAGGACGGACUCUGAGUCAGUUUUACGCUGCUGGCAAAAGCCACCAGGGAAAACAGGCGUCAGGCUUCUUCCCUGAAGUGUGGGAGCAUGUGUACAAGCAGAUCCAGAGUAAUGGACAAUUGAAGAAACAUUGA